UUUUAAGCUAAAGGCGGAAGAGACCGGUGAGUUUAGGUGUUCAAAGAUUAACUAAAAUGGCAAGAUGAUACUCCGCCGGGCCAACCUGAGCCAUUCAAAGACACGCUUACACGUUUACAACCAGGAAAUGCUUUAUUUUGUGUAUUGUUUGGCAAAUAAUUACUCUCGGUAGAUUUUAAGCCUGACCUGUGUUUGUUUAAACCGGCUAGUUAGCUAGCUUCUGUGUAGGGCGUCCCUGCGGGGGAAGGCCGUUUUGGAGCGGCGUAGGUAGUGACCGCCAUAACUGAUAUGUAGUCAUUAUUGCGGUAGUGCUAGUAAGAAAAACACAAUCAAAUACAAAGGUGCAUAUAUUCAUUUGCAUAAAGUCGACGUUUAGUUUAGCUGAGAAGCGAACGCGGAAGGGAGCGUAAAAGUCUCUCUCGGUCUCAGGUACGGCUUCGUUUCUGAUGAACCAACAGCAUCAGUGUCGUGAACAUCAGAGGUCUCCGGUUUUGUGUGCGAUUAUAGACGGUAUGAUGUUCAGACAAAGAUCACGAGUGGGACCUGUGAAGAGCGACCAGUGAAGGAGCUCUGAUCCACCAUGGGAAACACGUCGUCGAAGGGAGACAGCGGAGAAGAACCUCCUAAAACAACUUUGUUUGAAAGGGAGCCAAGUGGGAUAACAUACAGAAUCCCUGCUCUCGUCUAUCUGAGGCACUGUCACACCUUCCUCGCCUUUGCAGAGAAGAGAUCCUCACCCUGUGACAAUGACGCCAAAAUUUUCGUUAUGAGGAGAGGCACCCUGAAAGAGGAUGGAUCCAUGCAGUGGUCGUCCAGUCAGGAGCUGUCUUCGGUGUGCCUGCCAAACCACCGCACUAUGAAUCCUUGCCCGGUGUAUGAAAAAAACACCAAAACGCUCUAUUUGUUUUUCAUCUGUGUGUGGGGCACAACCACGGAAGCGAAGCAGAUCCUGACAGGUAAGAACAAGACUCGCCUUUGCUACGUCAGCAGCCGAGACGACGGCCAGACUUGGAGCCAAGUGACAGACUUAACUGACAACGUGAUCGGCGAGGCCAUUCACAAGUGGGCCACGUUCGCCGUGGGCCCCGGCCACGGUGUUCAGCUUGAGAACGGCCGACUGAUCAUCCCUGCGUACGCCUACUACAUUCCUUACAGAUGCUGCUCCUUCCCCAUCCCUUGCACAGUCUACCCACGUGCACUGUCAGUAUAUAGCGAGGACUUUGGACAGACGUGGCACAUAGGUAAGAUGCUGCGGAAGAAGUCGUGCGAAUGUGAAAUGGCCGAGAUCAUAGACCACGAGGGCAGAAGCCACCUCUACUGCAAUGCUCGUAAUGCCGGGGGCCACAGGUGUGAGGCUCUCAGUGAAAACAGCGGCGUCUACUUCGACAAGCCCCACAUGGCCCCGGAGCUGGUCGAAACGCGCUACGGAUGUCAGGGAAGCAUCAUCGGCUUUCCCGCUCCGGAAUUUGUCCCAAACGACGACGCGGAAAGCAAAGCUUGCGGCACGUCGCUCCUAUCACCAGACACGCAAACCUGGCUCCUCUUCAUGCACCCGACGAGCAAGUCCAGAAGAAGGGACAUGGGUGUGUAUUUGAACCGAUCCCCCCUGCACUCAUCCGGAUGGGACAGACCCAGGAUCAUCCACAGGGGGCCCAGCGGCUACUCGGACCUGGCUUACAACGGGGACAAGGAUCAGUUUUCGUGCCUGAUGGAGUGCGGGAAAGAGAGUGAACUCGAGCAGAUUGCCUUCGUGUCGUUCUCCCUUAAUGAUGUCAUGCAGACAGGCGGCAGGAAAGAAAAGCGUUGAGCGGUCUAACUGUGGUCGCUUUUAUUUCUGUGUUAGCAAACGAAGCUCUCUGACAUUCCCCCACAGCCUAAAAACAAAAAAAGGAAAAAAAAAAUAGAGAGAAAAACAAAACAAAAAGCCACUAAAUAUGCUGUGCAGUAACAUCCGUCUGUGUUUACUAUUGUUCCACAUUCUGGAGAUGAUAAUGCAUGCAUGAGUCGUGUGUUUCGCUGUCUCCUUGUUUACAUAAGAAAAAAA